CCCUUUAUAAGAGAAAACUGACCUGCCAAAAUCAAAGCAUUGAGCUAACAACCAUUAUAAAGUAUAACACGAGUAUUAUAGUAAAAACUUACUAUUUAUAUAUUAUUUACAUCUAUAUAUUUUGAAAAAGAAAUUGUAAAAAUGAAAAUAACAUUUUCAGUAUGGCUAUCGUUCACUGUGUGUGCACUGGGACUGACGGUUGCGUCACCAAUAGGCAAAGUAUUUCAAGUCACUGGAAAAGACAGCACGGAAUCUCAAACUGUGUCACCACUUCUUCUAGCACUAACACUGUCAGAAGACCACGUAUCACUACUCCCACAAAAACCCUCAAGAUCUGACAAUAAUAUUAGAACCACAACUUUUCCACAUUCAGCUGUUUCAGGGACUAGAACCUCAGAAGAAACGAACAACUCACAUUUUAGAGGAGUUCGUAGCGCAACAUCUAAGGAAACUCAAACCCCAGAUGAAACCACAGUUGGUCCUAUCACGGAAGAAACAACCGCAAAAUCGGUGAAAGAGGAAUCAACCGUUGUCCCUGUCGAUGAAAUAACAACUUCUAGUGUGGUAACAGGAGAAACAACUGCACCUGUUGAAGUAGUUUUGGACCGAGAAUAUCUGGAUAAUGCAUCCAGAACUGUUAAAGCAGUUUUAGCAAAAGUGGAAAAUCAGAUCAUAGAGCUGGGUUAUCCGUAUGGUGCAGUGGAUGUGUUGUCCCGUCCCAUGCUCCCAUCAGAUAUUAGAGAAAAUGCGCAGCAGUGUGUUCAGAUACAGCCGAUGUUGAAGGCAAUGCACGAGCUUCUGAACGACUUCAUGUCCCAUCUGGAAGGUUUAACUACACUGAAUGGGGAUACUACUGUAAAAUACGCUGUUAGGGCACUUGACUGGUCCAUCUUCAAUCUGAUAUCACCAUUGUACAGUUACACCCCGACUGUGGCACCGGGAACCAAUGUAAAGAAUUCAGAGGAAGUUAUGUGCACUCUUAAGACAUUGCAAACCCAGUGUGAAAUUAUUGGCCACGUUCUUUUAGAUCUCAAAAACUGCUGAUACGCCGCCGAAAAUAGAACAUCUUCGUUAUACUAACAGAUUAUGAUUUCUCAAGGGAGAUAACUUCGUUGUGAUUAAGGACUUAAAACUGGACAAUGCAUAGGAUUUUUUUUUACAAUAUAGUGACAAAAGUGAACCAAUUUUAGUGUACAUGAUUGUACUACGUAGGAUUUUACAAGUGAACUGAUCUCACGUGUUGUGUUCAUAUUUAUUUGAUAAUCAUCGCCGCAUUUAAUGCAAUUUUACAUUGUGCCUGUGACUUGCCGAAAAGGACAAUAACUCUAGCAAGAAUUAGAUUCAUUCUAAAAUGCUGGUUGUCAAAUCUACCAAGAUACUUUUAGGAUAAGAAGCAGGUUUUUUUUUAGAUUUUACGUUCAAUCCAUACAUUUGCUCAACGCCCGGUAAUGCCGUGACAAUAUGUUUAAGAAUACCAAGUAUUCAGUAUUACCUCUUCCAGUAAUUGCAAUCUUACUUCAUUUGUGACCAUUUUGCUCAUUAUAUUUAUCCAGUGUUUAUUUCAACUAUUUAUUGUGAGUUAUAUUUGAACAAUACUCAUUACAGUUUGCUUUCAGUGUUUACAUGUCCCGGUUCAUGUUGUAUUUUGUCUUUUUUUAAUAUAUAUAUAUAUUUUUGUGGAUUUUUAAUCAAAUUGUUUUUAUUUUUGUUAAAUAAAUUCCAUAAAAGCACACGUUUUAUUAUGUAUUUUUCGUUUAUGUACGUUGUUAUCUCAAUCACUUUCAAAGUAAUUGCUUUGAAGUAAGUAUUUUUUACGGUGGCAUAGAGGUGACAGGUGUUUUUAU